AGCCAGACGAGGCGCCGAGAUGGUGGCGCUGAAGCGGGGGCUGCCGCGGCUGGUGGCGUCGCUGCGGCCGAUCAGUUUAACCACAGCUGGAACAUUUCCCAAGCAUGUGAAAAUUGUUGAGGUUGGUCCACGGGAUGGUUUGCAGAAUGAAAAGAAUAUUGUUCCCACUCAGGUGAAAAUUGACUUAAUCAACAUGCUCUCAGAGACGGGUCUUUCCGUUAUAGAAGCCACCAGUUUUGUCUCUCCAAAAUGGGUACCACAGAUGGCUGACCACACAGAAGUUAUGCAAGGCAUCCGGAAGGUCCCUGGGGUCAGCUAUCCUGUUCUGACACCCAACCUCAAGGGAUUUGAAGCAGCGGUGGCAGCUGGAGCCAAGGAGGUGUCAAUCUUCGGAGCAGCUUCUGAAGCCUUCACAAAAAAGAACAUCAACUGUUCCAUAGACGAGAGUCUGCAAAGAUUCGGCGAUGUUCUGCGGGCAUCAAAAGGAGCCAGUAUUCCCGUCCGAGGCUACGUCUCCUGCGUUCUCGGCUGCCCUUAUGAAGGAAAGAUUUCUCCCGCUAAAGUGGCAGAGGUGUCGAAGAAAAUGUACGCAAUGGGGUGCUACGAGAUUUCCCUCGGCGACACCAUUGGUGUGGGGACCCCCGGAAACAUGAGGGAGAUGCUUUCUGCCGUCAUGAAAGAGGUGCCCGUCGAAGCUCUCGCGGUUCAUUGCCACGACACAUACGGACAAGCUCUUGCCAAUACACUGGUAGCGCUUCAGGGUGUGGAUUUAUCAAAGCUCCUUGAAGCAGGAAUUUACAUCUGCAAGAUGCUGAACCGGAAGACCAGUUCAAAAGUUGCACAGGCCAGCUGCAAACUGUGAAGUAGAUCCGUGCCUUUCCUGGACUUGCUGGGAUGAAAACUGCAUGGCAGUCUGGAAAUUGCCACGUUAGUAUUUGCUCCCCUAACUUUAUUUAAGCACUCUCAAAUGACCCAGACCUUCAAGAUAAGAAGAUGGAAGAAUGUAGAACACCAUAUCUACCCAUCAGACACGUUGGCUGUAUUUGAAGAUGGAUGUUGCAGUUAUUUUAAGGAGCAAAUGUAUUAUGCUUGCCCUUAUUUUUGACCUAAGACUCCUGUUCCUGAAAUCUGUUUUGUAUCUAGGGCCAUCACACUGCCCAGCACCCGUCCCUCCAGCGUUUCUCCAAUGCUGGGAUUUCUAAAGGUCCUAACUGUCAGGACAAGUUUUUAUAAGCUCUUGGAUCCUUAUGAUCCUUUUUAGGUGCAGUGGUCCUGGGGAAUUCUGGGAGUUGAAGUCCACACAUCUUAAAGUGGCUGAAGUUGAGAAACACCACUCUAUAGUGUUCGUCUUGUCAAGCAUUGAAGCAAAACAUAAGCUGGGAUUUCUCUCCAAAUAAA